AUGGGCGGCAAAAGCACAGCAGACGCCUACGGGACCUGGACGGUCCCCGAGAGGCAGCAAGCAGCGCUCCCGCGCUUCGCCCGUCGCGCUCCCGCCACGUCUCCGGGCUGUGCCGCCCGCUCCCCUCCCUGCGGUGGGGGCUGGGCGGCGGCUGGGCCCCCACCGUUGCCGCGCUCCCUACACCCGCGCGAGGCCGGCUCUCCGCCCGGGAGAACGCCGGAGCGCUUCCCGCAGAGGCAACACCGACUCCGGCGCCGCAACCAGAAACCACGGCACAGCCCAGAAGUCCCCAGGCCACCGGCUCCCCAGCACCCUUCGGGGAAAUCUCGUGCACCUCUGCAGGAGGCGAGAAUAAAACAAAAACCCCGUAAAACUGAAACCGGGCCGGGCGGCGGCAUGGGUGGCAGUGGCAGCGGCAGCAGCCGGCGAGCGCGGACACACGCCCCGUCUCGCGCUCCGCUGCUCCAGUGAGUCCGGACGAACCAUAGAGAUCACUUAAGGAGGCUCGCGCGCUACUCCCACCACGUGACCGCCCCGCCAGGCCGCCCCCCGCGCCGCCAUCUUACAUCCGGGACCGAGGCGGCGUCCCUUUUCCCCGACUUGGCAAAACUUCGACGUGUCACUAGAAAUCAGCCCCCAAAGGGGGGGACCCCGAUUCCAUGUCACCAAAGUGCUGAGGCCGUGGGCCAUUCCCCCCAAUCCCCUUUACGGGGCAAAGAGGAGCCCCUAACUUCUCUCAGUCUUUGCCCGCAAAGAAAAUGGCGGCACUUACCGCCGUCUAAGUGGACACGUUGUCUUCUGGCCGGGGUUUAAAGUUUCUGGCACCUCCUUUCGCAUCCGGCAAGGACACCACCACAUGCGCUCCACCCCGCGGCGUGGCCGCCGUGCUACAUUACGCAGAAAACCGGCGGGAAAGCUGCUGCGCGGCUUACUUUAACGCGCAGGCUCCUGGGACUUGUGGGUGGUUUCUUUUCUUUUUUUUUUUUUUUAAAGGCCAAGUUUGGGAAAAGGCCGACUGCCGUAAGCCCCAUCUGCUUCGGGGCCAGGCAAGUUACUUUUUGUCUCCCAUUUUGAGGCUUUCUGUGAAGUUAACAAAUCAUUGUGAAGAAAAAGUAAACAGGGGUUGCCAGUUAAGAUACGGAGCGUCUAGUUAAAUUCAAAUUUCAGAUAAAUAGUUUUUUAGUAUAUGUAUGUCCCAUACACACACAAAAAAUUGUUUAUUUGAACUUCAAAUUUAACUGGCGUCCUAUAUUUUUAUCUGCUAAAUCUAGCAAUACUGUUAGUCAUCACGCUCCUGAAAAUCCAGACCACAUAACAAAAGUAAGGAAUGGAGGAACUGAAGAGUGUGUUCAGAUUUGGAACUGACUCUGCGUGGAGACUUUGAUCCCUUCACGAAGGCCAGAGAGCUGAGGUCCAGACUCCAAACUACGCACAAGGGACAUCCAUGUGCUUUUUGGACAAGUACGUUUUCUAUUCCUUUAAACCAGCACAAUCUAAUUUUGAUAACAUCCUCUCAGCCAAAGAAUUUCAUGCAAAUUAAAGAUUACGUAACACUGGGUUUUCAUUUCUAUUCUAUAUAGUAUUGGUGAUGGGACACAAUUUCUUGAACAAAUUUUCAAAUUAAAAGGCAUCCUGCCUGACAUGUUUCAAAACAAAAUUUGUAAUAUGCAAAUUAAGAAAAUAAAAUAUACUUGGUUUA